GGCAAGCGGUGGCAGAGCACGGCGUCGGAGCAGCAGCAGAGCGCGAGCUGGUUCAAGAGGGCGUGGGAGAGCGAGGUCGGCAUCAAGACGGUGCACUUUUGGGCUCCCGUCAUGAAGUGGGCUCUUGUCUUGGCUGGCAUUUCGGAUCUCGCUCGUCCUGCCGAGAAGCUGUCCUUUGCGCAAAACUUUUCGCUGACCUGCACGGGCAUCAUCUGGACGCGGUGGUGCUUCGUCAUUACCCCCAAGAACUACCUGCUGGCUGCUGUCAACUUCUUCCUCGCGCUGGUCGGAAUCACGCAGAUUACUCGUAUUGGCAUGCACAACAUGUCG